AUGUCCAACAAUAUCUUGGUGCUACUUGCGUGUGUAAUCACGCUAUCAUCGUUGGUCAUCGCUGGCGGACACGGCGGUGGUCACAAGAAAGUAAUCAUACACGUCCCUUUGUUCGUGAAACAUCAUCAUCAUAAGCACACGAUUGUGAAGCACGUUCAUCAUAAAAGCGGCGGCGGUGGUGGUGAUGAUCACUACGAGGUCUUAGGAUACACUUAUGGUGAACCGAAGCCAGCACCUCAUUUUGGAGGAGGUCACGGUUGGCACGCAGCGGAAGAAAGUCAAGUACACGACAGUCCCGUCAGUUUCUCCGGCAAUGACCACGGUUUAUACUCCCUCACAGACCAAAACGAGUAUUGA